ACGAUUCGACGAUUGACGUCGAAUGUAUGCUUGUCAUUGGAUAUGAAUUUUCUUCAAAGAUGGUUCUGUAAUAUCCUCGUUAGUGUACAGUUUGCUGAGAAACGGACGGUUGAUAUGACAGUAUUUCUUUCCGACACAGGUAACAAUUGGACCCAGUAGAAGCAAAAGCCACUGCCAUGUAUUCAGAAUGGAGGUCUCUGCACCUGGUGGUGCAGAGCGACCUAGGCCACCUGAGUGUCCUUCACUCGUACCCUCCGGUGGUGGGGCGUGACGUGGCCAAUGCAGUGGUUAGACCUGGGGUGACCCUGGGCACCCCGUCCACCGAUAGCAUGCUCAAGACCGACAAAGAGGUGAAGUGGACAAUGGAGGUGCUGUGCUACGGCCUAACCCUGCCUUUGGACGGGGACACGGUUAAGCUGUGCGUGGACGUCUACACGGACUGGAUCAUGGCGCUGGUCGCUCCGCGCGACUCCAUCCCCCAGCCAAUCGCCAAGGAGCCCAACCUCUACGUGCAGACCAUCCUCAAACACCUCCACAACCUCUUCCUGCCCAGGCCGGAGCAUUACAGCCCCAUGCACUUCCGGCUGUGCCAACAGGUGCUGACGGCGGUGCAAAAGCUGGCCAGGGAAUCGGGCGGCGGCAUGGCCCGGGAGACCUGGGAGGUGCUGCUGCUCUUCCUGCUGCGAAUCAACGACACCCUGCUGGCCCCGCCCACAGUUGGAGGUGGGAUAGCGGAGAAGCUGGCUGAGAAGCUGAUCAGCGUGCUGUUUGAGGUGUGGUUCCUGGCCUGCAUGCGCUGCUUCCCCACACCGCCCUACUGGAAGACGGCCAGGGAGAUGCUGGCCAACUGGAGGCACCACCCCCCCGUGGUGGAGCAGUGGAGCAAGGUCAUCGCCGCCCUCACCUCCAGACUGUUGCGGUUCACCUACGGUCCAUCCUUCCCUCCGUUCAAAGUCCCAGAUGAGGACGCCAACAUGAUCCCUACUGAGAUGGACAACGACUGUGUGGCUCAGACCUGGUUCCGUUUUCUUCACAUGCUGAGUAACCCGGUGGACCUUAGCAACCCGCUGACGGUCAGCUCUACGCCAAAGUUCCAGGAGCAACUGCUGGGGGUGAGCGGCGUGCCCCAAGAGGUGAUCCAGCAGCAUCCCUGUCUCAAUCAGCUGCCCCAGAUCUUCUUCAGGGCCAUGCGGGGGGUCAGCUGCCUGGUGGAUGCCUUCCUGGGUGUCGGACUCGCAAAGAGAGAGAUUAGAGAGAAACUGCCUUAUGAAACACCACUAGUGGUGUCUCCUAGGACCAAUAUACGUGACAAACUUCCCCCUCUAGGUUUCGCUGUGUCUAGGAACAACAUCAGAGAAAGGCUUCCCUCCAUGCCCUCCUAUUGUGUCUCCCGUCCCCGGUCGGACAGUGCCCCGCCCACCCCUGUCAACAGACUGAGCAUGCCACCGCCCACCACCAACACCACGCCCCCUCACAACCGUCGCCACAAACCCACAGGGGUCACAAAGACGGCCAGUAAAACCUCAACGGCAAGCAUAACACACCAACCCAAAGUGUCCCACCAGCCUUCCUCCACCUCCCCCCUGUCCAGCCCCAACCAGACCAGCUCGGAGCCCCGGCCGCUGCCUGCCCCCACCAGGCCCAAGGUCAACAGUGUCCUCAACCUUUUUGGCCAGUGGCUUUUUGACGCCGCGCUGGUGCACUGCAAGCUCCACGCAGGCCUGAGCCGGGACAACAGCAUGACUGCCCUGGCCACUCAGACAGGUGUGGAGCUGAGGAGGAAGGGCUCCCAGAUGUCCACAGAUACCAUGGUGUCCAAUCCCAUGUUCGACGCCAACGAGUUCCCCGACAACUACGAGUCGGGCCGGGCCGAGGCCUGUGGAACCCUCUGUAGGAUCUUCUGCAGCAAGAAGACUGGCGAGGAGAUACUGCCCGUUUAUCUGUCCAGGUUCUACAUGGUUCUGAUCCAGGGCCUCCAGAUCUCCGACUACAUCUGCCGACCGGUGCUGGCCAGCAUCAUCCUCAACUCCUCAGCCCUCUUCUGCUCCGAUAUUAAGGGCAUUAAUGUGGUGGUCCCCUACUUCAUCUCAGCCCUGGAGAACGUCCUCCCUGACCGAGAGCUGUCAAAGUUUAAGACAUACGUGAACCCCACUGACCUGAGGAGAGCCUCCAUUAACAUCCUGUUGUCCAUGCUGCCUCUGCCACACCACUUUGGCAAGGUCAAGUCAGAGGUGCUCUUGGAGGGCAAGUUUAGCAAUGAUGACAACUCGCUGCACGACAAGGCCGUCACCUUCCUCUCCUUCAAGCUGCGAUUGGUCAACAUCCUGAUAGGAGCGCUACAGACGGAGACGGACCCCACCAAUACGCAGAUGAUCCUGGGUGCCAUGCUCAACAUUGUCCAAGACUCUGCUCUCCUGGAGUCCAUCGGUGCCCAAGCGGAGGUGGGCAGUGUGGAUGGCAGCCAUGCUCUGGCUAAAAGCCACAGCAGGAACAACAGUGGCAUCAGCAACGCCAGCGGGGGCAGCUCUGAGGCCACCACCCCCGACAGCGAGAGGCCCGCCCAGGCCCUCCUCAGAGACUACGCUCUCCACACAGAUACAGCCGCCGGCCUACUGAUCCGCAGCAUCCACCUGGUCACCCAGAGGCUCAACUCCCAGUGGAGGCCCGACAUGAGCAUCUCCCUGGCCGCCCUGGAGCUGCUGGCCGGCCUAGCCAAGGUGAGGGCGAGUGUGGAGUCUGCGGACCGUAAACGUGCAGUCAGCUCGGUGUGCAGUUAUAUCGUGUAUCAGUGCAGCCGGCCGGCCCCCCUCCACUCCCGAGACCUGCACUCUAUGAUCGUGGCGGCCUUCCAGUGCCUGUGUGUGUGGCUGACAGAGCACCCCGACAUGCUCAAUGAAAAGGACUGUUUGAUAGAGGUGCUGGAGAUCGUGGAGCUGGGAAUAUCGGGCAGCAAGUCUAAGACCAGUGACCAGGAAGUGCGGUACAAAGGGGACAAGGAGCACAAUCCGGCCUCCAUGAGGGUGAAGGAUGCUGCCGAGGCCACCCUGUCAUGCAUAAUGCAGGUCCUGGGGGCGUUCCCGUCGCCCAGUGGCCCCGCCUCCCCCUGCAGCCUGCUGAACGAGGACACCCUGAUCAAGUACUCCAGGCUGACCUCUACCAGCCGCAAGAACUUCCGCUACUUUGUCCUAGACAACUCUGUCAUCCUGGCCAUGCUGGAGCAGCCGCUGGGCAACGAACAGAAUCCCUGUCCAUCCGUGACCAUGUUGAUAAGGGGGAUGUCUGGGAGACACGCCUGGACCAUGCAGCUCUUCCACCAACCCAGGGGGGCCCGUGCCAGCCAGAAGCAGGUGUUUAUCCCAGAGAGUCGGCCCACUCCCAAAAAUGAUGUGGGGAUCCGGUUGAACGUCAAACACAGACCCUUCCCAGAAGAAGUGGAUAAAAUUCCAUUUGUGAAAGCAGACCUGAGCAUUCCGGACCUACACGAUAUCGUAGAUAAGGAGGUAGGCUGGCAUUGUUUCAAGCUGCGAGGUGUGAUGGCCAAGCAGAUCGAGUACGAGACGAUGCUGGAGCACGGCAGCGAGGAGCGCUGGAGCAGCAAGAGCUUCCCAGACGUGCUGACGGACUGCAAGCCCCCGACUCCCUCGCAGGAGUUCCAGACGGCCCGCCUCUUCCUGUCGCACUUUGGCUUCCUGUCACUGGAGGCACUCAAGGAGCCCGGCAACAGUCGCCUACCUCCACACCUGAUUGCACUGGACUCUGGGUUGCCGGGCUUCUUUGACGACAUGAGCUACCUGGACCUGCUGCCCUGCCGGCCCUGCGACACAGUCUUCCUCUUCUACAUGAAGGCCGGCCAGAAGAGCAGCCAGGAGAUCCUGAGAAAUGUGGAGUCGAGCGCCAACGUGCAGCAUCACUUUCUGGAGUUCCUGAUGUCGCUGGGCUGGCCCGUGGAGGUGGGGCAGCACCCGGGCUGGACAGGCAGCGUCUACACAAGCUGGUCCAUCAACAACCACAACAACAAUGGAGACAGCAUCCAACCAGAUGAUACUAUCACCCUGGGAGACACGGGCGGGGGCGUGUUCAAUGGAGAGAAGCGGGUGCUGUACUACGCCGACGCCCUGACCGAGAUCGCCUUUGUCGUUCCCUCGCUCACAGACUCCUCCGCUGAGUCAUCGGAAAGCAGUUUCCCCACAGUGGAUUCUGACUCUCAGAUGGAACUGCUACCCAACCUGCUGAAACAGUCCAACCUCACACUGGAGCUCUUCCCCAACCACUCUGACAACGUGGCACCCGCACAGAGGAGUCCUACGGUGAAGUCUAAGAAGAUGCCUCCCGGCAGGACCAUCCCUCCAAUGGGACCAGAGACCAAAGUACUGGUGGUCUGGGUGGAGCGCUACGAUGAUAUCGAGAACUUUCCCCUGGCUGACCUGCUGGUAGAGACGAGCACUGGAGUGGAAACCACGGCCAACAGUAGCACCUCAACAAGACCCACGACGUCCGGUCAGGAUGUGCAGGUGAUCUUCAUCCACCCUCUGAAGACGGGCCUGUUCCGGAUCCGCCUGCAUGGGGCCCUGGGAAAGUUCAGCAUGGUCGUCCCCCUGGUGGAUGGCAUGGUAGUCAGCAGGAGGUCACUAGGGUUCCUGGUAAGGCAGACUGUGAUCAACGCGUGCCGGCGGAAGCGGCUGGAGAGUGACUCGUACAACCCUCCACACGUGCGUCGGAAACAGAAGAUCGCCGAGGUGGUGAACCGCUACCGCAACAAGCAGCUGGAGCCCGAGUUCUAUACCGCGCUCUUCCAGGAGGUCGGCGUGAGCAGCCUCGACCGUGACCCCACCCCCGAUGAACUUUGAACUUUCACCUCCCUCCCCACAAGGACUGCAAAGAUUCUUUAUAUUUAUAAAAUGUUUCUCUUCUUCUUUACUUUGUUAUUUAUAUUAUCAGCACUUGGUGGCCACGUUCCAAGUCGACAAUUUAGUUUCUCCCCACCCCGCGCUGCAACACUGCUCAUCUGCAACUUACUCUAGUUCUACCCAAGCCUUGUAGGACUCUUUGAUGGUGUCUGGUUGUGGCACUAACCUCACCUGGCUGCGAGGCGUCAGGCUUGGGCAAAGGAAGCACCUUUAGCUGUGAGGAGAGGGUAUAUGCUUAAACAACUGACUAUAAACUUGUGACACAGCACGUGGCAAAGUGAUUGCUGUCGGCGCUCAAUUCAAGAUGGCUUCCACUCUGUGGCUGUGACUAGUUCCCACAGCCGUCUCACUGUGGUUUUUCAAGUCCGAUUCUUCUGUUUGCUUUUCUAUGAAAUGCAUCAGUCUGUCCAUUUCCCAUAUUUAACCGUUUUUUUGUUUAUUAUGUUGGUCUGGAAUGGAAAGGGGAGGUCAAAACAUCCAACUUUUUCAUUGACGAAACAACGACACUACAAAAACUAAUAUUGACAAAACUCAAAUCUCACUUCAGUAAAUUGUCAUUUUUUUACUUUUGGUUCUCUCUUCCCACAUACAUAAUUGUACCAGUUAGCGAAAAUGUAUAGUUCUGCUUUUACUUUAAAUCUCAGGUAGUUUGAGCUUUUUAUAUUCAUCGAUAUCUGGGUUGUUUUCUUUAGGCACGAAAAUGAAAAAAAUAUAUAUACUAAAAUAGGGAGAGACUAGCGGAACUUGUAUGUUUUUCCAUUGCAAACCAUUUUGCUACUGUGCACUAAUGAAUGCGACCUUGAUAAUGUACUCAAUGCACUCCCAACCAACUGUGACUAGGGUCUGGUUUCAAUAAUGGACUUUUUUGGCAUAGAGAAAAUACGCCACUGCCUACGCCACUACUUUAUCUGCUUGAAUAAAAUACAAAAUAGUAGCUAGCAAGAUGAAGAUCACAGAGGUCAUUUUUAAUGAGUGCAUUUCGCAAGUGGCUAGUUUGCAUCAACUACCUUAAUUGAAACCCCUCCAAAGGUGUUGCCUGCCAACUGUUUUUGAAUUGCAACGUUCUGGCAUGUCUGUCUCGUCAUUUUUUGGGGAGAGUCCCCAGAUAUGGUUUAUUUUACUUAUCGACGUAAGCAGUGACGUACAGUAGUUCUUCUAUCCCAAAAUAUUCCGGAAUUUAAAACCAGACCCUAGUCACUGUGUCGCCACGGGUCGGGUUUUCGAGACUAACAAACUGACCUUGUUUUGGGCUUUUAGUGCACUCUAAAACGUGUGGCAUUUCACAUUCACUGAAGCUGAUGGUAGUCUCGAUAUGGAACUUCAGGAAGUCAAAAUCACUGAUGGAUUAUACUUUUUUUUGGUAUGGAUUUGAAAAUGAAAUCCUUUAUAGGUUUGUUUCUUCCCGUGUCAGAUAAAAAUGCAAAAUAUGUAUACAUAUAAAAUACAUUUUGAUUGGUGAUAUAAAAGGUGAGUUUCAGUUGAUUGUUUGUUAUUCACAGUUGGAAAUAUGAUGAUCUUGGUUGAUUGAAAAAAAUGAUUUGUCACGAGCACUGUGUUUAACAUCCCAUUCCAGAUGUGAUACUUCAGAAGCUGAUACAUGCCGCCAUUUUAUGUCUAUAAUAUUUCCAUGCCAAUAUGUCCAGCCUAGAACCAAAUGCAGAGCAUUAAGUCACUAAUGUGUAGCUGCAGAGGUUGUACUCGUCUUUUUUUAGUGUCUUUAUUUGUGCUCGACUUCGAGACAACAUAACUUAUCGCUAUUAAGGGCUGAAACAUCAGUUUUAUGAAGUUAUUUUUGCAAUGUUCUGUUAAGGGUUGGACGUAUGCCACUGGAUCUGUCUUAGACACAGAUUUUAUACAUUGAACAAAAAUAUAAACUCAACAUGCAACAAUUUUAAGAUAUUACUUAGUUACAGUUCAUAUAAGGAAAUCAGUUCAUUUAAAUACAUUCAUUAGGCCCUAAUCUAUGGAUUUCACAUGACUGGGAAUACAGAUAUGCAGCGGUUGGUCACAUAUACAGUGCAUUCAGACCCCUUGACUUUUUCCACAUUUUGUUACGUUACAGCCUUCUCCUACAAUGGAUUAAAUCGUUUUUCCCUCAUUAAUCUACACACAAUACCCCAUAUUGACAAAGCAAUAACAGUGUUUUUGCAGCCAUGAGUCUUCUUGGGUAUGACUCUACAAGCUUGGCACACCUGUUUUUGGGGAGUUUCUCCCAUUCUUCUCUGCAACUCCUCUCAAGCUCUUUCAGGUUGAAUGGGGAGCAUUGCUUCACAGCUAUUUUCAGGUCUCUCCAGAGAUGUUAGAUCGGGUUCAAGUCUGGGCUCUGGCUGGGCCACUCAAGGACAUUCAGAGACUUGUCCCGAAACCACUCCUGUGUUGUCUUGGCUGUGGGCUUAGGGUUCUUGUCCUGUUUGAAGGUGAACGUUCACCCCAGUUUGAGGUCCUGAGUGCUCUGGAGCAGGUUUUCAUCAAGGAUCUCUGUACUUUGCUCCGUUCAUCCUUCCCUCAAUCCAGACUAGUCACCACCAUGCUUCACCGUAGGGAUGGUGCCAGGCCUCAUUCCGGCCAAAGAGUGCAAUCGUGGUUUUAUCAGACCAGAGAAUCUUGUUAGGUACCUUUUGGCAAACUCCAAGCGGGCUGUCAUGUUCCUUUUUCUGAGGAGUGGCUUCUGUCUGGCCACUCCACCGUAAAGGCCUGAUUGGUGGAGUGCUGCAGAGAUGGUUCUACCAUCUCCACAGAGGAACUCUGGAGCUCUGUCAGAGUGACCAUUGGUCACCUCCCUGACCAAGGCCCUUCUCCCCCGAUUGCUCAGUUUGACCGUGCGGGCAGCUCUAGGAAGAGUCUUGGUGGUAACAAACGUCUUCCAUUGAAGAAAGAUGAAGGCCACUGUGUUCUUGGGGACCUUCAAUGCAGCAGAAAUGUUUUGGUACUCUUCCCCAGAUCUGUGCCUCGACACAAUCCUGUCUUGGAGCUCUACGGACAAUUCCUUCGACCUCAUGACUUAGUUUUUGCUCUGACAUGCACUGUCAACUGUAGGACCUUAUAUAGACAGGUGUGUGCCUUUUCCAAAUCAAGGUCAAUCAAUUGAAUUUACCACACGUGGACUCCAAUCAAAUUGUAGAAACAUCUCAAGGAUGAUCAAUGGAAACAGGAUGCACCGGAGCUCAAUUGAGUCUCAUAGCAAAGGGUCUGAAUACUUAUGUAAAUAGGGUAUGGAUCAGAAAACCAGUCAGUAUCUGGUGUGACCACCAUUUGCAUCAUGCAGUGCAACACAACUCCUUUGCAUAGAUUUGAUCAGGCUGUUGAUUGUGGCCUGUGGAAUGUUGUUCUACUCUUCAAUGGAAGUUGCUGGAUAUUGGUGGGAACUGGAACACGCUGUCAUACACGUUGAUCCAGUGCAUCCCAAACAUGCUCAAUGGGUGAUAUGUUGGGUGAGUGCAGGCCAUGGACGAACUGGAAAUGUUUUUAGAUUGUGUACAGAUCCUUGCGACAUGGGGCCGUGCAUCAUCAUUCUGGAAUAUGAAUGGCACAACAAUGGGCCUCAGUAUCUCUUCACAGUACCUCUGUGCAUUCAAAUUGCCAUCGAUAAAAUGCAUUGUGUUCAUUGUCUGUAACUUAUCCCUGCCCAUACCAUGACCCCACCCCCGCCAGGGGUCACUCUGUUCACAACGUUGACAUCAGCAAACUGCUCUCCCACACAACGCCAUAUAUGCUGUCUGCCAUCUGCCCGGUAAAGUAACCGGGAUUAAUCCAUGAAAAGUACACUUCUCCAGCGUGCCAGUGGCCAUCGAAGGUGAGCAUUUGCCCACUGAAGUCGUUUACGAUGCCGAAUUAAAGUCGGGUCAAGACCCUGGUGAGGACAACGAGCACGCAACGCAGUUCAGCUUCCCUGAGAUGGUAUCUGAGAGUUUGUGCAGCCCAGAUCCUGGUCUGGUGUGGUUACACGUGGUCUGUGGUUGUGAGGCCGGUUGGACGUAAUAAUUCUCUAAAACAAGGUUGGAAGCGGCUUAUGGUAGAGAAAUGAACAUUCAAUUCUCUGGUAAAAGCUCUGGUGGACAUUCCUGCAACUUUACAUGUUGCGUUUAGAUUUUUGUUCAGUAUAAAUCUUUUUUUAUUAUAUGUAAAAUAACUAGAUCUUUUGCAUGAUAUUUGUGGUGAUCCACUGUGACAUUUGGAUCUUCUGAAAAUAAGAUUUCCUCCACUUUCGUUCCAUAGAUCACUGAUUGUGUUACAUUUAAUUUGAAAAGAUUUACAUGUUCUUUACUAUUAAAGGAAAAGCUCAAUCGUACUACAGACUGACCAAUUUAAAGACUUACUGUAUCUGGGGAAGCUAAAAGCUCAUUUGAGUUAUGUUUUUCCCCCAGAAUAAUAUUAGUCAUUUCUUUAGGUUAUUUGCUUUUUGUCCUGUGUUUUUAUGAGGAUCAAGAGGGGGAAAAUACAAGAAUGUAAAUUCAGUAAAAUGUUAGCCCAGUCCCAGAUCUGUUUGUGCUGUAUUAAUUCCAACAUAAGAAUUUGUGCUUUCCAGCACAAACAGAUCUGCGACCAGGCUAGUAAAAUGUCCCAUAAGGCAUAAAUUCUGGUGUCAAUUUCCUAGUGUCAAGUUUUUUAAAUCUGGAAUGUCCACUCUAUUGCUGAUCAAAUGGCUUCAAUUAAUAUCAAUUAUCAAAUUAAUCGAUACUCUAGCCAGCUAUUGUGCUCUGCAAAUAUUCUACCAACUCGAUGGAGCCACAUGGAACGGAACUAGAUUUUGUCCCGUUCUUCGUAAACGUCUAAUUUGUUCUGUAAAUAUUGAAGGUAUCAACUUGAAUAAAGUUGGAAGAUAUGUACAUACUGAGCGCGUGAAGUACUUUUCAGUCAUCUGUCCCUCCAUUUACGAAAGGCACAAAAACUGCUUGUUUGUAUUUAUGCCGUUUUAUUAUGUGUCCAUAAGAAACACAUUGGAUAUUGAAUGUAACACAAUGUAACGAAUAAAGAUUUUAAUAAACUUUU